UGGGACCCACUAACCCCUGUCUCCCCAGAGCCCCCUGAGGUGACCGUGUUCCCCGAAGACCCCGUGGAGCUGGGGGAGCCCAACGUCCUGAUCUGCUUCGUGGACAAGUUCUCCCCACCGGUGCUCCGCAUGACAUGGCUGAAGAACGGGCAGGAGGUGACCGAGGGCGUCUCCGAGACCGACUUCUACCCCCACCAGGACAACUCCUUCCGCAAGUUCUCCUACCUGCCCUUCCUCCCCAGCCAGGGCGACUUCUACAACUGCCGGGUGGAGCACUGGGGGCUGCUCGAGCCCUUCACGAAGCACUGGGAGAUCCAGGUGCCCACCCCCGUCCCCGAGACCACAGAGACCCUGGUGUGCGCCCUGGGCCUGGCCGUGGGCAUCAUCGGCAUCAUCGCGGGCACCAUCCUCAUCAUCAAGGGGAUGAAGAUGAACGCCACCCGCAACCCGCGGGGCCCAUUCUGGUGACCCCAACGUGAUAACCCCCUGCUCACCGGCUGGAUACGCCGAGUGCACCCCCGCAGCCGUUUGCCGCCCCUGAUUCGUGAGUAUGGGGGGGGGGGACUUUCCAGUGCCCAGAAGGAGCACGCAAGAGAGUUACAAAAGAUUAUACGGCAGCGAU